AAAAAAAAAAAGACGCCGUUGCCGGGGAUCGAACCCAGGUCACCCGCGUGACAGGCGGGAAUACUCACCACUAUACUACAACGACUUUGUUAAUAUGUUGGCCUUAAACAAAAACUUAAUAAUUUGUUAACAGAGAAGUCAAUUCUUUUAGGGGCUGAGACGUGAGAGACAAGAAGAAACCCUAAUUUCCAACGACCUUUGUUGAUUCUCGAAAAAAAAACAAUGGAGAAGAUGUCCGAUUUCCAAGGGAAUUGGUGGAGGAGAUACUCAGUGAAAUCGAUGAGAGAAGUCCGAUUGACUUGCAAAAGUACUUUAUCGAAUCACAUUGGUAAAGCAGCAGCUGCAAAGGAAGGGGAGUUUCUGCGGAUCGUGAUGGUAAACAAUACGGUUUGUUUAAUACGUGUCAAUCUCCAUGGAAUUCACAACAACUCUGAUCCAUUUAUAAACUAUGAAGGCUCGUGGUUUGGAACCCGUAUACGGGGCAAACUCGGUGGAUCUGCAUUGAACGCAACUCUGGUCCCCUUUGGUAUCAUGCUCUCGGAUAUGAGAAGAGUGAAUCAUGCCGCCGCAUCCAUAAAAAUAUCAACUUUUGGAGAAGAGCAGCUUGCGGUGUUAGUUCAGCCUUUCUGUAGCUAUGGGAUGGAAAUUUGGGUUACGAAUAAGAUUGAGCCCAAUGCGGUGUCAUGGAGCAAGUUCUUAGCGAUUGUUGAUAUGGGAGUAUUGAUUGAGCCGAGUUUCCUCAUUCACAAGGAGAAGCAAGCCGUGGUUGUUUUUGAUGAACAUGGCGAUUUAGUGAACCACCGUUGCGACAUAGCUUACAUCGUUGGUGAAAACGGAUACUUCAGACAAAUGGAUCUCGGAGAAAUUACAGAGAGACAGGGUUUAUUGUGUGGAUGUGAUGAAAAACUUUUUAAAAAUUUCUUACACUUUGCAACCAGAUAUGUUACAAACUAAGUCUGAUUCUUGUAUUUUUUU